CCGCGUGCGCAGCGGCUGCAUGCAGGGGCGUCACGGCCGCGUCUUCCGGCAGGGGGACACGGGUUUAUUCCUUAAUCUGCGAGCUUUGGAGUGUCUGUGCGCGUCGGUACCCCUCCCCUCUCGCUGCCUCUCGCUGCCUCUCGCUCCCUCCGCCCCGCCCGCAGCCGCAGUCGCGGUCGGCAUAGCGCUCCCCCUCUGUCCUCCUUUCCGAUCACAAAAGACUCAGCAGCGGACCCCUGCGCGCGGGCCCCUGCGCGCACCUCACAGCAUCGCCGUCAAAGGAGAUGGAAACGCAGCAAGGUCGCGGGUUCGACUGACCCUCCCGCGAAGAGCCAAGACGGGGGGAACUAUGAGUGAGGAGUCGCCAGUGACCCCCAGCUGGCUGACCCCUGACCCCACCUGGGCGGGCGGGGGGGCGGGUGUGAUGGAGAACGUGACCGUGGCAACGGCGGCGCCGGCCCCGGGCCCCGCGGCGCCGGAGCUGCUGGUGAACCCGUGGGACAUGGUGCUGUGUACGUCGGGAGCGCUGAUCGCCUGCGAGAACGGCCUGGUGGUGCUGGUGAUCUGGCAGAACGCCGCGCUGCGCGCUCCCAUGUUCCUGCUGAUCGGCAGCCUGGCGCUGGCCGACCUGCUCGCCGGCCUCGGCCUCAUCCUGCACUUCUUCUUCGCCUACCUGCUGCGGUCCGACUCGGCGCAGCUGCUGACCGUGGGGCUGGUGGUGGCCUCCUUCUCCGCUUCCGUCUUCAGCCUGCUGGCCAUCACCAUCGACCGCUACCUGUCGCUGUACUACGCCCUCACCUACAACUCGGACCGCACGCUAACCUUCACCUACGCCAUGCUGGUGCUGCUGUGGAGCGUGUCGCUUUGCCUCGGCCUCCUGCCCGUCACCGGCGUCAACUGCCUGCGGGAGGAGUCCACCUGCAGCAUCGUGUGGCCGCUCACCAAGAACAACGUGGCGGUGCUGUCCGUGUCCUUCCUGCUGCUCUUCGGCCUCAUGCUGCAGCUCUACGUGCAGAUCUGCAAGAUCGUGCUGCACCAUGCGCACCAGAUCGCCCUGCAGCACCACUUCCUGGCAGCCUCGCCGCACUACGUCACCACGCGCAAGGGCGUGUCCACGCUCGCCAUCAUCCUGGGCACCUUUGCCGCCUGCUGGAUGCCGUUCACCGUGUACUCGCUGGUGGGCGACUACACAUACCCGCCGCUGUACACCUAUGCCACGCUGGUGCCCGCCACCUACAACUCCAUCAUCAACCCGCUUAUCUACGCCUUCCGCAACCAGGAGAUCCAGCGCGCGCUGUGGCUGGUGUGCUGCGGGUGCGUUCCCACCAGCGUGGCCAACCGCGCGCGCACGCCCAGCGACGUCUGACCCGGGACCGCUCUCCGGGCCCCCCCAGCCGCCCUCCCCGCCGCCCGGAGAGCCCGGCAGACUCACCCCACCCU